UUCACAUGUAGUUUUAUAUCCAUUUGAAUAUUUAGUCAAGAGAGUGGUGUUCCCUCUCAUUGGAAAUAUUCUUCGGCAUUCAGUGUGUUCGCGAUCUUCGGCACGUUGAGACGUUCAUCUCAGCCAUAUUCGUCUUGUUAUUCGUGUUCGAAUUCCCCGUGCUUGUUCACAUCUUUCGUGUGCGGUGGCAAAUUCCAAAGCCGUGAAGAAAUAAGUUUUUUCCUCUUAAUUCCACCCACCACUCCUCCUCUCUCCACACCCUCAAAAAAAAAAUAAGAGUAUCACCCACCACCGCCCAAAAGUAGGGCUGUGUAAUUGCAUGUGAGAAGUGUCGCUAAGGAUAAAAAUUAUCCCCUAUAAAGAGAUGAUAUCAGGAAGUGGAAAAAUUGUGUGUACACUUGACCCUUAUAGUGGGAGAGGAAUGUGAAUGUUUCAUUAGAUGAGUGGUUCAAUUUUAAUUUAUGAUUUUCAUGUCCGGGUCCGUACUUAUCCCAUAUAUCCGGAUUUUGAGGAUUAAUGUGCAUUUAUUUGCAAACCAACACUAUUGUGGUGCGCAUUUUGCAGCUGCAUUGAGUGGAUUUCACCGCAAACAGCAAAAUACAGAAAAGAACUGCUCUCUAAAUCAACGUCAAUAUUGAUGGAUCUGAUCGGCAGUGAGAGAUGACCUGGCGGAUGGAAAUUAUAGUGUGUCAAAGAAAUGUGAGAGAAUUUCGGGACAUGUCUCAUGUGUUGCUAACUGACAGAAAAUUAGUCAACGUAGGGGAGACAAGUGUGAAGCGAUGUGUUAUGUGCAUUGAUACUCAAAAUGUUGAGUCUUCAUGUUUUCUUCAGCAUUUUUUUAUUUAAUACAUUUUCAUCGCUAUUUCUUCACGUCAAUUAUGUCUUGAGUGAAGCGCCAAAUCUCGCACUAUAAGCGAUAUAAUUGUUUGAGAGAAGAAAAAAAUACUCAAUCGUUUUAAAUUGUAUUGAACCAGAAUUCCAAAUUGAUGUGAAGAAGUUAAAGAAAAAAAAAGUACAAAAAAAAGUUUCUGAUGAACGUACAAGAAGCCAUUACAUUGUGAGAUUGAAACACCAAAGAAAAGUGCUUUUAGUGUUACACCCCAGAGUCCAUAUCACGUCUAUCGAGAAUUCUUACAUUAUACUCUUUCGCCAUAAAUCUUCCCUAUAUGAAAAUAUCAAAAGUUUUCCGCAUAGUGCGCAACUUGUGAAAUAAUUUUAAAAUUAAUAUUCCAAUGACAGUUAAAAGAGUAGAAGUUCACAUUAAAGUUGAUUUGUGUGUGGCUGUAAAUUAAAAUUGAUUCACCCAAAAUGGCUCACCACCAUGGCAGCAGCAGUGCUAGUUUGAAACUAUGGCGGAACACCUUUCUAUCGAGGAAUUUAUUCCGCAUCUGGGGUUUAUUGUGUUGGUGUUAUUCAAUAAAUUCGUUGAAUCAAAUUGUCGUCAGUGCAGCGUACUCUGAGGCGGAUGAUCUUAUAAAUGAAUUGGAUAGACCAAUACCCAUAACUUCGGUGCAGGGAGUUCUGGCAAAACAAGCGACACUGCCGUGUGACAUAACGCCAAUGGAACGAGAUGAUGCAGUGUAUAUGGUGCUGUGGUUUAAGGAAGGUGACGGUGAACCACUAUACAGUUUCGAUGUGAGAGGUCGACAGUUCGGACAAGCAAAACUUUGGUCAUCGCCAACAGCGUUUGGCGCGAGAGCAUUUUUUCGGACCACCUCGCAUCCGGCUCAGCUUUUAGUAGAUGACAUCAAACUUUCAGAUGAGGGAAUGUACAGAUGUCGAGUGGACUUUCGUAACUCACCAACGAGAAACUUAAAGAUAAAUUUCACAGUUAUAGAACCACCAGACAGACCCAUUAUUUAUGAUGCCCGCAGAAUGGAUCGCACAAAACUCAUAGAGCCCUACAAUGAAGGCAGCGACGUUACACUCAUUUGUGAAGUUUCCGGAGGACGACCACGACCCAAUGUCACAUGGUAUUUGGACAAUACCGUCAUUGAUGAAUCGUUCGAACAUCGACCGGACGGUGUCACCGUAAAUCACUUAUCAUACCCAAACAUCGGAAGACAGCAUUUGAAUGCACGACUUGUUUGUGUGGCCAGCAAUACAAAUUUGACGCCCCCCAACAAUAAAGUGGUCAUAUUGGAUGUAAAUCUGAAACCCGUUGCUGUGCACAUUCUCACAAAAGAGAGGGUCGUUUCGGCAGAUAGACGCUACGAUGUGGAGUGCAAGAGUUCCGGAUCCCGACCGGAAGCUGUGAUCACGUGGUGGAAGGGUUCUCGUCAAAUAAAGCGCAUGUCGAAAAAUUUCUCUGAAACUGGUAAUCAGUCACUGAGUGUACUCACAUUUACACCAACCGUUGAUGAUGAUGGCAAGUACUUGACAUGUAGAGCGGAGAACCCUUUUAUAGCUGAUAGUGCACUCGAAGACAAAUGGAGACUUGUUGUUCACUACAUGCCAGUUGUAACCUUAAAAAUGGGCUCCUCACUAAAUCCCGAUGACAUAAAGGAGGGUGAUGAUGUGUAUUUUGAGUGUGACAUACGGUCCAAUCCGAAACCCUAUAAAAUGGCUUGGUUUCACGAUGGAAACGAGCUACAUCACAAUAUCGGCAAUGGUAUUAUACUAUCAGAUCAGUCGCUUGUGCUCCAGAGCGUAUCCAGAAAUUCAGCUGGUGACUACACGUGUCUGGCGGCGAAUAUCGAAGGGAAGGGAACAAGCAAUCCUGUAACAUUGAGAGUCAGAUGUCGACCAUUUUCCUUGCAGAACUGUACUGUUUCCAACCAGUCGUCGGAUGCUCUUCAUGUAGAGUGCGUGGAGGGUUUCGACGGUGGUCUACCGCAAGGGUUUCUCCUCGAACUCGUUGAAAUGCCUGCACUCCGGUUAGCAAGGAACUUGAGUUUAGCGCGCCCACCAGUUUCAUUCUACAUCGAUGGUUUGGAAGCGGGAAGUUCCUAUCGUAUAAUAUUGUUUGCUGUGAACGCCAAAGGACGAUCUGAGCCCACAAUUAUCGACGAUAUCAAUUUCAAAGGAGUGGCAAAAUUUACCGGUCCAUCAAGUGUCAGCGUACAAUUAUCUCCCGUCUUAGCUGGUUUAGCCCUAAUAGCAGCUAUACUUUUCACCGUAGUCUUCUGUGUUAUAAUCGCUCUAUAUCGUCGCAAUUAUAGCAAACAUUCGGCGGUAGAUUUGAAAUCGGCCAAACAUUUACAACUUCCGGUUACGCAAACGGUAGACUGUCAAAUUGAAUUGCCACCACAUGCAAGGACAGGCAGUGCCACAGUUACGCCGCUUGUGGGGUGCGAAGCCCUGCAUUCCAAUCCACAGAUACCAGCGGAACCUCCCGAUGUGGAUGAUACUGAUCCCGAUGUCAUACCUAAUCAAUAUGAGAGACGUCCACUGAAAAAUUCAAUGCAAAAUCCACUUUUUCGGAGUCCCUCCACGCGACUCAUUCAGCGUGAUUCCCUGGAUGAUGACCGUACUGGUGACGGUGCUAGUUUAGUAUCUGUGAAUGGUGGCUCGAGUAGUGAUAUUCAUCACUAUACAUUCAAGCCUAGUAAACAAAUUAGUUAUGCAACAUUAGGUAGAGUAAAUAAAAAUUCUACGAGUUGUAGUCCCAUGGGACAGGCUCUUCCGCUGCCACUUGGUGUUGGAUUGCUGAGUCCAAAUCAAUCUCAUGUGACGUCUUCACUGAAUGAGUACAGGUUUCGGCCAGAAGUUGUCACAACGUCAAAUCGAAUACAGGAAAGUUGUAUAUAAAAUAUACUCAAUUUGAUAUAAUGUGAAGUGAAAGUCUGUUUAUAGUGCUUAAAUAAAUAAAUAAAUAAUAAAUAGGAAAAAUUGGUUGAAAAGAGAGAAAAUUGUAUCAUGUUGAAUUGUGCUGAAAAGAAGGAUAUGCGCACGUUUCUUUUUUCCGGGGUGAGAAAAGUUGCUCUUUUAAGACAAAAAAAAAGAAAAAUGUGAAAAUUGGCUCUAAAAAAAUGGACAAAAAAUUCCGUGGACAAUAAAUUUUUAAUGUUCUUC